GAUGGGACAUUAAACAAUCCGUAUUUUUCAUCUAAAUUUUUAAUUCAGAUUUAACCGAGAGAAAAAUGAGAUUAUUACUAAUUUUGUGUGUUACGGGGAUUUUGUUCAUUCAAAAUGUUGUUCUUGGAGAUUCAGGUGAGGAGGAGGCGUGGGACUAUGAUCCCCACCCACUCGAUCCCCUCUCCCGAUCCGAAAUUAACAAAACGUCCCACAUAUUUCGCGAUCAUAUGAAGAAAGUUACCUGGAUUUUUAUCUGGGUGAUGCUCAAAGAACCGGAAAAGUCUGCCAUGCUGGACUACUUCCUGGAGGACAGGGAUCCUCCACCCGGUGUUAUUCCAAGGAAAGCAAUCGCUGUAGCGUGGAAUCCUGCAGACGGAUCCGCAUACGAGGGCAUAGUCGACCUGGACAAAGAGAAGGUCGAUUCUUUCGUAAAAUUGGGAACAAGUGCGGAUACAAGUUUUGCUCGAGAUGAGAUGACCGAAAUUUCUGAAAUGGUUCUUAAAGAUGCCACCGUGCUGGAAAGAUUGAGCAAAUAUGGCGAUUUUUACGGCGAUCCGAAAAAUGUGAUUGCCGACGUGUGGAAAUAUGGUUACAAAGGAGACAACUACACAGGCCAGCGAAUGUCUCAAGUUUACUUUUACGGAAGAAAUUUAACAACCGGAGAGAAUGACAAUUUUUACGCCCACCCCAUGGGAUUCCUCGCUAUAGUGGACACCCUAAAAAAUAAAGUCGUCGCCAUCGAAGAAUUGCCAAUCCAGGACAGUUUCGACACGGGAAACCGAGACGGAGACAAGGUGCCCGACGAACCGGGUAACUUCGACCCAGAAAUAACUUCCAGGUGGUAUCGGGACGACAUUAAACCCAUCAACAUCGAACAACCCGGCGGACCUAGUUACUCCAUCGAUGGGAACAAAUUAGAGUGGCAGAAUUUUAAGAUGCGGAUCGGACAUAAUGGGCGUGAGGGGCUUAUCUUGCAUCUUAUCAGUUACAAUGACUCCAACACCGUGCGCCCCUUGAUUUACAGAGCGUCCCUUUCAGAAUUGUUCGUCCCUUAUGGAGACCCCAGACCGCCGUAUCACCGAAAAACGGCCAUGGAUGUAGGGGAAUAUGGUCUCGGAUUUUCUGCGUCUGAGCUCCGCUCCCCAGACGGCUGCCGUGGUACGACCUACUUCAUCGACCUCAUCACCAACGACAUGGCCGGAAGUGGACAAGCAAUCAAAAAUGGGAUUUGUGUGUAUGAAGAGGAUGCAGGAAUUUUGUGGAGGAAGAUGCACACAAUUACAGGACGCGUCCUCACCGCCCGAUCUCAACGCUUGGUCGUCACGUUUAUCACGACGGUGUCAAACUACGAUUACCAAAUCAAAUGGGAGUUUUAUCAGGAUGCCUCAAUCCGGCUGAACCUUGUUUUGACAGGGAUUGUUAGUCAGAAUUUGGUGGGGGCAGAGGGCAACCCGAUGGGUCAUGGCACCAUUGGCAUGCCAAAUGUCAACGCCCAAUACCACCAGCACUUCUUCACGGCCAGAUUAGACGUGGAGAUCGAUGGCAAUAAAAAUACCGUCUCCGUCGUGGAUGCAGUACCAGAUGUUGAACCCUCCAACAGCACCACAAAUCCGUACGGUAACGGGUUCACAAUUUCCGAAACCGUUCUAACCACCCCAUCCGAAGCUCGGACUAAAGCUGAACCAGUAAAGGCUCGAUUUUGGCGAAUAAUUGGUGACCCUAACAAAAAAAACCCGAUAUCGGGUGACCCCAUGGGAUGGCGCUUAUCCCCCGAUCACGCCAUCCACCUCAUGAUGAAAGCCGACUCUGUCCAACACUCGAGGUUCUCCUUUGUCGAUUACGACGUUUGGGUCACGCCCUACAAAGAAGACCAACUUUACGCAGGAGGAUUUUAUUUAAAUUCGUCCGGCCUGGAAAAGUGGGUCGAUGAUGAUCCCGAUGUCGACAUUACGGACACGGACGUCGUCCUGUGGCACGUCUUCGGGGUGACGCACAUCGUCCGCGUGGAAGAUUUGCCAGUGAUGCCGGUCGAAAAUAUUGGAUUCUGGUUCAAACCGUUAAACUUCUUUACGGAAAAUCCUUCCGUUAAUGUGCGGCCUAUCUCGCGUGAGACCAACAAUGGACGAAGGAGGAGUUAAUUAAUUUACAUAUGAGGGUGACGAAAAUAUGUCAACUUUUGAAAGAAUUGUAUGUAUAUGCAUAGUUCUAAAGUGAAAUAAAUACAUAUUCUGAAGAAUA